AUUUGUUUUGUGCUGUUAAAAGUGUUUGACCAGCUUUUGAAUAGCGUUAUAAAGAGGCAGAACUCCUUCCAAAUAUUUUUCAACAGUCACAAAUACGCGGGUAGGAUACGGAGUUGCAAAAAUGAUUCUGGCAACAAUCGUGCUUUUUCAGCUAGUUGGCCACAUUGCUGGCCAUGGUAUGAUGAUGGAACCAGUGGCUAGAAACUCGAUGUGGAGGAAGAGGUUUCCGAAUCCAACAAAUUACAAUGACAAUGAGCAGAAUUGCGGCGGGUUCAGCACUCAGUGGUCGAAAAAUGAAGGCAAAUGCGGAAUUUGUGGUGAUCCGUAUCACGUAACAAACCAGCCUCAUAAUGACGGUGGCAAAUAUUCCAAUGGUCUUAUCGCACGAGAAUACCAGAAAGGGCAGAUGAUUGAUAUCGAGGUUAAAUUGACAUCUAACCAUCAAGGGUGGUUUGAGUUCAGGAUUGGCCAGUAUGACAACACAAAAAUUCAGGGAGAUGCGAUUGGCAGACUCAAGGGACAUUUAUUGCAGCUGUCUACAGGAGUGACAAGGUAUAGAUUGCCACGUGGCUCAGGCAGUGGUGUCUUUAAAAUCCGAGCAAAGCUACCUGAAAACCUGGUCUGCCAGAGAUGUGUUAUCCAGUGGUGGUACAGUGCUGGAAAUAACUGGGGAUGUGACAAUGAUGGAUGCGGUGUAGGCCAUGGCAAGCAAGAACACUUUGUCAACUGUGCUGAUGUUAAGAUCACUGUAUAAAAAUAAAAGUAAAAUAUUUUCAAUCAGAUAUCUUUAUUGCCAUUCGGGUGAUGAUUUAUGCGUAUCUAUCCUAUUUUAUUUGUUAUUAUGAUACGAUCGUAAGGAUAA